CAGCCAAUCAGAGCUGCUAACAUCACGAUACUCGUCUGAAUCCCUCUUGCUCACUCACAGGAGGAGGCUUGCAGGUGAAGGACAAUGUUGCAAUGCUUUAUUUGUUUAAUAAAACAUUGAAAGCGCAAUACAUCACUCAGUCUUGGGAAUUCAGACCAGUUAAAUCAAGUGACAUCACAGCCUGACCUUGAUGGCGACGACAACCGGGAUAAAAUGGUCAACGCGAUCCCGGAAAGAACCGGAGAAAAGGUCCUGCUAUUUGGAGGAGAAGAAGCAAGAAGGAGAAAUUACUCAAGGAGAAACUACUGACAUACUAUUGUAAAAAUGGAGUUUAAAGAAGAACCUUGCAGAAUAAAAGAUGAAGAUACAGAGGAACAAACAGACCUGAUGGAACAAAGUGAAGUGGAGGAGAAACUCCAUCAGUUUCAGAAACCUCAACAGAGAGGAGAGAAUUGUUCUUACACCUGCUCUCAGUGUGGAAAGAGACUCGCAUCUAAAUCAGGCUUAAAGAAACACAUGAGGAUCCACAAUGAAGAGAAACCCUUCACAUGCCAUCAGUGUGGAAAGAGCUUCACAUGGGCAAAAAGUCUCCAAAUCCAUCUGCUGUUUCACUCAGGAGAACGAUCAUUUGGCUGUGAUCAGUGUGACAAGAAAUUUAUUUUGGAAGCAACCCUGAAAAGACACAUGAAAAGUCAUGCAGGUGUGAAGCCUCACGUGUGUUCUGAUUGUGGAAAGAGUUUUUCAAUAUUGGAGACUUUAAAACAGCAUGAGCGUAUUCAUACUGGUAUGAAAACUCAUGUGUGCAUUGACUGUGGGAAGAGUUUCGCUCGGUCAGGACACCUGAAAGGUCAUGAGAUAGUUCAUACUGGAGUAAAACCGUACAAGUGCUCACACUGUGGAAAGUGUUUUGCUCGGUUAGGACAUCUGAAAGGUCAUGAAAGAGUUCAUACUGGAGAGAAACCGCACCAGUGCUCUUCAUGUGGGAAGAGUUUCAGCCAAUCAUCUAAUCUACGGACUCAUAAGAAAAAGUGUUGUCCAAAGUGAGCAAAGUUAACUUUCAGAUCUAUCAAUUUCUAGUAAAUAAGCUUCAGAUUUGGCAAAAGCUGGAAUUUCAACAGAAUGAUUCUCAUUUGCUAAAAUUAGUAAUGAAGUUUGAUAAAUGCCAAAGUAACAGUUCAGAAAACUUGUGUGUUGCUGUAAAUGCUACAGAUUAUGAGGGGAUUUUUUUUUUAUUUUGAAGAAAAUCACAUUAAUUUCUCCAUGAAAUCAUCCAUUUCAUGAAAAAGCAUUAUCACAUUUUUUUUGUCAAGCUGUUUAGAGGUUGAGAACAUGUUUGAAGAGACUUUCUUGCAUUGAAUUACAUUGACUUUCUUACAUUUUUUUAGACUUUGAGAAAUAAAAAGGAACAAAACCUAUGUGACUUAUUCAAUGAAUGAAUUUAUCUGAAAUCAAGGCAUUAAACAUUUUAACAUGUAUCAAGUGUGUAGUAAUAUAUGUAAAGAGAAGAUGAAAUGCAUGUGGCAAUGCUGCAGAGAAGAAUAGUGGUUUUACAGCUGCUAUCAAGUGUAAAGAGAUGAACUAACUUUUACUUUACAUGGAUUUUGGUCAAUGAUAAGAUAAACACGAAAUCUUGCUAAACAACUUAAUGAAUUAUGUGAUUGCAUUGAUUCAUCUCUUGAAGCAGAUUGUGUAGUUUCAUCAUCAGAAUAAAUCUCUGUGUUUCUAUAUGAAGUUAAUGAAUUGAACAUUAGCAGUACCACAUAUUUAAUUUUAGAUGGCAUAAUUUGUCAUAUUCAGUCAUUUAAUUUAAACGGCUAGAAUUUGUGUUGCCAUCAGUAGAAGAAACUGUAUAUUGACUGUCAGCAGAAAGUCAUGGUUUCGAAGGGAUGAAGGGUGUAGGGGUCAAAAAAACUAUUUUUUUGGAAAACACUUCUGUGUCAUCUUAAUGAGACAAUCAAGGAGGCGCCUUCUUCUUUUUCCCACUGUGUACUCUUUGUAUUAAUAUGCAAUACAUGUUCAUUUACUGUAGUA